UAUAAAUAAGCAGCUCUGCGACCCGCUUGGGGCUCUCCUCGAACCAUGCCGACGUCUUCGUCUGUCCACCCUUUUGCCUCUCCCAACGCCAUCCCGCCCCGCACGAGCUCCACGGGCAUCCUGAACCCUAGCCCCGGCAGCCCCAAGCAGCCGCCCUUGAGAACAUCGGUUCUACGCCCCUUGAGCGAGAUUGACUGGCUGGGCCAGAGCAAGAAGAGCAAGACAAGCCACUCUGCCGAGCCGCUGAACGCUCAUCUACAAGAGCAGCAGACCGCGCCCCACUUGGCCUCCAACAAGCCUCAGGCCGCCACCGACGGCAUCGACUCCCACAUGGACACCACGACCACAAACCACGAUGUCGGCACAAACUACCCUACCCCGCUGUCCCCGCCCUCGGAACACUCUAAAGGCAUAGGCGAGGAGCUCAUUUACGGAAAUGGCGUCGCGUGGACAGAGGAAAAGGAGCGCAUAUUGCUAGGCCCAUACGACUACUUGUACGGACAUCCGGGCAAGGACAUCCGUAGCCAAUGCAUAGCGGCUUUCAACCUGUGGCUCAAGGUGCCGCCGGAAAGACUUGACAUUAUCACAAAAGUGGUGGGAAUGUUGCAUACCUCGAGUUUGCUUGUCGAUGAUGUAGAAGACUCGUCUCUCCUCCGCCGUGGUAUCCCCGUCGCUCAUGCGAUAUUCGGCACGCCCCAGACCAUCAAUUCGGCCAACUAUGUCUACUUCCGCGCUCUCGCCCUGCUGCUUUCCAUGGACAACCCCAAACUCAUCGAGAUAUUCACCGAGGAGCUAUUGAAUCUGCAUCGCGGCCAGGGCAUGGAUCUCUACUGGCGAGACAGCUUGACGUGUCCUAGCGAAGCAGACUAUCUAGAAAUGGUUGGCAACAAAACAGGCGGCCUAUUCCGCUUAGCCAUUAAACUCAUGCAAGCAGAGUCUCAAACAGACAUCGACUGCACUCCCCUCGUCUCAACCAUCGGCCUCCUCUUCCAAAUCCUAGACGACCACCUCAACCUCUCCCCCACAUCCGGCUACACGUCCCUCAAGGGCCUCUGCGAAGACCUCACCGAAGGCAAAUUCAGCUUCCCUGUCAUCCACGCCAUUCGCGCUGACCCCUCCAACACCAUUCUUAUCAAUAUCCUCAAGCAAAAGACAACGGAUGAGGAGGUCAAGAAGUAUGCGCUCAGGUACAUGGAGAGUAAGGGCAGCUUCGAGUACAGUAAGAGUGUGGUGGCCGAGUUGAGGGCAAAGGUCGAGGAGCAUGUGCAGAGAAUUGAGAGGAUGUUGGGAGAGGAGGGGAGGGAAGGGGCCGAGGCGUUGAGGGUUAUGUUGGGGAGGUUGGUGUUGAGGUAAAAGGGGAGGGUUUUAUUUUGUGCGAUUUUCCAAGGGGGGUGGGGGAAUGUAAUAGAUGUAUUUGUUUGCUUGAUUGAUCUUUGGAUGAUGAUUGAUGAAUCUUGUUUACAGCCUUGGAAUGGUUUUGAGACUUAAAAUGGUAUACCCAAUUUUAUUUUAUUUUUCAAAU